AUGUCAAAGUCGUAUUUGCAGAACUACACGGUCCCCAAUGCGCACUCGACCGACAUCUUCUCCCUGGCAGUCACACCACAUCAUCUGUUGACGGCCUCGGGAUCGUCCAGCAUCAAAAUCUACAGCACCCGUGGUCAACCCAUUCACGCCGAUAGCACCGAGGAAGAGAAUCCUUACCCGCUCGUUCAGACCAUUGAGAAGGCCCAUGCUCUCGGCUGUCAUCACAUCUGUGCCAACCUCGAUGGCAAUAUUGCUGCCAGCGUAGGUUUCUCGGGUGGAGAAGUCAAAUUGUGGGAAUGCCACCAAGAAUCGGGCGAUUGGAGUGAGAAGGGGACCCUCAAGAUCGAAACCAAGCAGGCCGGCGAGCAUUGGGCGCCUGCCCUCAGUGCAGAUGGUCUCUAUCUUGCUUGCACCACCUCUGAUGGCCGCAUCAAUGUCUACCGUACCGCUGCCAUCACCUCCUCCGACACUGAUCCCGGCUCCGCCAAGUUCACGCAGUACGAGACCAAGGGCUCUUUUGGGAUGAGUGUCGACAUCUCCCCAGACGGCUCCAUGACCGCUUCGGGGCAUCAGAAUGGCAGCAUUUACAUCUUCAACAACGCCACUCAACGCCUCGCACAUUCUCUUUCAGGUCUCAUCAAGCCGGUACGUACUGUGAAGUUCAGUCCUGCGAAUCGAUUGCUAGCCGCUGCUGGAGAUGCACGAAUCGUCGCCCUCUACGACACCAAAAGUGGAGAGCAGGUCGCAAACUUCACAGGCCACAGCUCGUGGAUCUUGAGUCUGGAUUGGAAUUGGAAUGGCGAGUACCUGCUCAGUGGAGGGUAUGAUGGCAAAGCCAAAAUCUGGAGUGUUGACCGGCGAGAGUGCGUGGCGACGCAGACGGAGAGCGAAAAGUGCCUGUGGGCCGUGCGGUGGUUGUGGCACUCUCCCACGGCGAGAAAUGAGGUCUUCGUCACGAGUGGAGCGGGCAAGACGUUAGCUUUCUACAGGGAGGCAAGCGGAACCUGA